UCAGCUGACAGUCGCUACUAGCAGCUGAUCGAGUAAACACUGUGCGGCGCGUCACUGUUCCCGUAUCAUCGCUUCCUUUGUUGUGCCGGGCGAACAAGACCUCCUUGUUUGAUCCGUUAUUUUUGCUCAUUUUAAAUAUGUCUUUCAUGCCGGUCGAGUUAAGUCGUGUUCGCGUAAACUCGUCCGUAUGUAUAGGCUCUAUGAGUGGAACUUUAUCUCCUAAAUACUGGUGUAUUUUUGACGGUGGUGUUCAAUAAACUUUUAAGUGAAACAAAACUAAAAACAAUCACUGCCAAAACAAGUUCAAUAGAAUUAACGAAUUUUGUGAUAUUUGUGAUUACUUUAAUUAUUUCGUUUUAGCCUUAAAGGUGCCGGUUGUUGGUGAGAAAUGUCGACGGGUAAGCGGUUGGCGAAGAGAUCUAUCAUCGGGACUAGAGUGGUAGCACCUCGGGAGGACGGACUGUUCCAUUCCGCGGUCAUUCACGCCGUCAAGAGUACUAGGGAAGAGGACGGUGGAGAAGCCAAGUACUCAGUUCGGUUCGACGACACCCGGGCUAUAGCCGUUCUCCGCGAGACAGAACUGAUAGGUCCGGGCUUCCAGUCCGUGCACUCGGCCGUGCUCAAGCCUGGUCAGAGGGUGUAUCUGACGUACAACGGGCGCGAGGUCACGGGGGAUGUCAGAGAACACGACACGGAUGUGGACGAGGUCGAUGUGAUCAUCUGCCCUCCAGGUCAUGAGGGACAACUAGAGGUGCGGAAAAGACUGGAAGAGGUGCGACUGUUGGAGUCCCGGAAAUCUGCGCGGCUCAUGGACCAGGAUACGGACUUCGCGCGACUGGCGGAUAUGGCUGGAGACCGCAAGAGAGCUUCCUCCCACGUCAUAGACGUGCCAGCCGUCCAGGGGUCCCGGAAGCGGCGGCCCAGCUGUAGCCAAGAGGACGGAAAAGAGGACCUGAUGAAUGAGUGCACGGCGGCCCUAGUACUCAUGCGGCUGUCCUGCAGUCCACACUCUCCCAGCUUUAACGGUGUUGCCUGGCCGGAACCCGUCUCGCCUAGUCCUUCUCUGACAGACUCCUGGAGGAGCAACACCCCGUCCCCUCCGCUGAGCGAGGGAGGCUACACCCCUUCUUGCAUCGACGAAGGUUUUAUCGAUGAAGAGUUUGAAGAUCUUCCGAAAAAGAAGAAGGUGAACCGUAUAGUGUUCCAGUGCACGUGGCCCGGCUGUUUGGUCAUCACUACCACUUGUGCCGCCAUCGAGGCCCAUGUCCGCGCCACACACCUCGGCCCUAAGGACCGCGAUGAGGGCAGUGAGAUGGAGGAUGACCACGAGGAGGAGUUCUACUACACGGAAGUGGAGCUGGGCCUGCACACCUCUAGUCCGCCCACCCUGUCCCACCGCGACAUGGCCCGUCCGCCUCACGAAGAUCCGGAGUAUCAGAGAAGCCUUUACUCCUCGAGUAGAGCCAUCAAUAUCCCGCAUCACUCUUCACAGUGGGCCAUGUCAGCAGCGGUCUCCCCUAACUCUCCGCAGAAGCACAUGAAGCUGUGCGUGUCUGCACCAGGGGGAAAAUUGCCGGGUAGCCCCACCCGCAAGGUGCGCGGGGACACCAAGAAGUGUCGCAAGGUCUACGGUAUGGAGCACCGUGAGCUCUGGUGUACGCAGUGCAAAUGGAAGAAGGCUUGCAGCAGAUUCGGAGAUUAGAUGCCUGGAAGCCAUGUCUUGCGGUGAAGGAGACUUGUCUUGUCUGAUGGCAGCUUUCAGUCAGAAUGUGUCAAGUUUGCUGUAGGUGCCUGUAUGAAUUAAUUGACAUUGCCUUUGCAAGAAUGUAAAUUUCAGUGAAUUGCUAUGGAUCGAAAUUUUCCUGAUCUCAAAUUGGCUGUGUCCAAGAUUGCUAUUAUCAACAAAUAAAUGAGGCCUAAACACAGCAACUUAAUCAUUGUUAAAAAUUGUAACAAUUUUCAUAAAAAUUUUAUGCCAUUUUGACAAGGCGACAACUGAAUUUUUAAAUAUUUAAAUAACAAAAAAUGUAACUUUUGUGUACUGUACUUUUUGAAUAGUUUUUAGGUUGUAUAUUUAUUUAUGUGUAAAAUCAUAGCAUAAUAUAUGUCAAAUUAAGAAGUGUAUAUAUGAAAGCUACCAGAAAGACCAGUGGGCUCAGUUUACAUAAUUCACAAAUUGAAUAUUUUUUCCAAUAUAAGUUCCAUAUUUUACUUUUAAAACUGUUUUAUUUAUUUUACACUGUAAGCUCAUAUAAUCAUAUCCAAGUUCAACAAAUUUUUUAAAAUGCUUAUCCAUUUAACACUGAUAUCAACUAGUAUUCUAUUAAUUUAUUUAUAUCAAAAUUUACAAGAAAUGUGUACAUGUACAAUUUGUAAAUUGUAGUAUGUAGUUUACAGUUGUGCCAACCUAAUUUUAGGUUGCAAUUAUUAUCACAAAUUAAUGUUAAAAUAUAUUAAUAAAAUUUAAUCAUUAGUAAACAACUCUUUGAAUUAAAAUAUAUAGAAAUGUUACAUUCCAACAUUGUAAACUAAGCCCACAUACCCUACAGCUUAUAGCAGAAUCUAAACAAUGAUUACAGUUACCUAUGUCUUGCUUACUCUACCUGUAAAUUAUUCCUACAAGUUAUUUGUUUUCAAAAGAGUAUUAAUUAAGAUCAUAUUUUACAUGCAAUUGUUGUAAAUAUCAGGAAUCUAUUUCUAACUAUUUAUAUAAAAAUAUAUCACUAAAUAUUGAAGAUAUUGUUUUAUGUCAAACAAACCAACCUGAGAUGCAAGCAGGCAGUGCUCUCUGAAAAAUGUUUAUAUUUGUUAAUUUUGUUGUGUUAAGUUUAGUAGUGUUAGAAGUAUUUUAAGAGUAUGCUCAGUAAUACGAUAAACUGGUUAGAUUGUUUCUCUGUUUUAGCUUUACAGCCGAUUGCAUAGAAAAUGGGAUAUAUUGUCGUGUUGGUAACAUUGAUCUCAAGUUUACCUGGUUCUGCUCACCAAUACAAGUAUUAGUUCUAGACUUACAUUAUACAUUUGGGUGGGAACAUUGGUAGUAUAACUUAAAACGAAUCUUGCCUUAAAAAUAAAUGACAAUGCAUUGCUAAAAUAAUCAUUGUCAUCAUAUUUUUCAAACAUCUCUAAAGAUUGGCUGAUGAACUCAAUUUUCACACACUAUGAUGUCAUAAAAAUGAGGUUAGGAUCAAUUAAUCAGAAUUACGUACUUUCACAUUAGCACAUUACAACAUGUGCUGUUUUGCUGGUACAUGUGGAUCUUUCAAAUUGUACCACAUUUAAUGUACCUGCUAUUUUUUCACGUGCAGUAAUAAAAUGAGUGUACGUCCAAUUUAUUUUAAAUUUAUAAUUUAAAUUUACAACACAACAGUAAAUGAAGAGAGUUUUAAAAAAAUCGAGUCAUAGUUGAAGCUGAAUCUUCCUCCCAAAUCUUCCAUUCAACUACUCACAAUGUAUUUUUACCAAACACAUUGGCAACACGAUCUCAUCGUAAUAUAUUUUUGUACAUAAUGAACAAUAACGUUUAUAUUAUAUUAUAUUUAUAUGUAGAUAUCAACAGAGAUUUAUUUUGUGAAAAGUAGUUCAGCAUGUUUGAUUGAAAGAGAUCAAAUCUCUGUGGAGGACACAAUAAACCCGGAUUUCAUGAUUUUUACAUAAAUAUUUUCGUAAGCAAUAAUAUUGAUAUAUACUUUAUUGAGCUGGUCUGUAUUAAAAAUCAACCAGUUAAAUCAAAUUGUUGUUUAUAAAGUAUGUUAUUUAUUUAGCCUUAUCCAAUUCUAACCAAAAGACUGUAAACAAUACAGUAGCAUACAGCUUCUGUCUAUAUUCAGGAAUUUGUCGGUAAUAUUGUAUUUGAAUAAAUCUCUUUAAAUUUUUCAUUCCCAUACGAAUGUUAUACAAAGAAAUAUAACUAUAACUGCAUGCUAUUAUUGGUGGAUAAUCUUGUUCUAAAAUAAAGUGAAAGAUUAGGGGUUCUACUGUAUAAUAAGUAUACUAAAAGAGUGUUAUUUUUGUUUUUACUCAAUACCAAAAUUAUUAUUUAAAAAAUGUUACGUUAUGUCAUGUAGAUGACCAACUUUUAAUCCUGGCUGGAAUUUUACAGCUGGAAUUUCUGAAAAAAAUUACAUACAUUAGUUGUAUUAUUAAAAGUUUUAAUGUUCAAUUCGGAUUGUGUUUGGUUAGUCUCAGAUGUAGGAUGUAAUUGUAAGGUACAAUACCUGAUUAUUCCUUAAGUUUGUAUUUAGUAAAUAAAUCCAGGUUUUAAUGUUAGCAAUAAGGAUUGGUUGAUUUCUUCCCUGCAAUUGCUGGUUAUCUCGUACUUUAGCUGAUCUAGACUUGCUACGUUGUACCAUGAGUGUGAAUAGUGACCAAAGAUAUUUGUUUGUUUCGCUUUUGACAGUACUUACCCAAAACAUAAUAAGAAAGCGAAUUUUACGAGUUGUGCACGGGAUAACAUUUUUGUAUUUUCCUUUUUAUGGAUGGCAAAUAAAUUUAUUGCUACCUAUGCACAAUUAUUAGUCAACUUCACUUCAAUAUUGUAUUAUUCUUUAUAAUUUAAUACUACAGAGAUGUUGGCCAAACUUCUUUAUGUAUACUUUACGGUCUUGGUUUUAUAUUAAAACUAAAAUCCAGCUUGAGCUAAUGAUCCAUUACUCUACGUCAACCUGCAUCUUGUGAGGGAAGUCAAUGGUUUGGUGUCAAGUUGUUGGUGCUCGUAAAGUUCGUUGCUGUGAUCCCAGUCCUGUUCAACUCUAAAUUUGAACCUCUUGUAAAUUCAUUAUUAAUUUUAAGUCUCUUAUCCAAAUAUACCGUAAAUUUAGAUUUUCAUGUUUUAAGAUAUUAUUAUUAUAUAUAUUUGCUAUAAUAUUUAUCUUUAGAGUUUAAUACUAGACUAAGUUAAAAUCUUAUAUCAUCAAAAUAAUAUAUUUAUAUGAGUAGAGUUUUAUAUAAUUUCACUUGUGUAUGCAUACAUAAUAUAUAUGGGGUCUAUCAGCCGGGUCCACUGGGCACCUGGCUGUUUGGUUGUGGCUUCUGUAGAUCAUUGUGGCAUUGUUUGUGACAUGUAGUUUUCACACAAAGAGAAACAGCUUUAAGAAUGUCCAUUGUUAAUAUUCCUAUUUUCUGUUUACAUCUCUAAUGGUUUUUUGUAAUUACACUGUUAUUUGUUGUCCGGUCAAUGUUAUUUAUUGUUCAUGUUGAUUUUUUGUAUGGUGUUGUUGGAGCCUGAAAGUUGCAAAGUUUGUUUCGAAGGAGAUAGUUGCGAAAAGCAAUGUUUGCUGUAGACUUGGUUGCUGUUUCUCUUUGUCUUGCGGCUAAACAUUUUUAUCUAUUUAUAAAUGUUGUGCGUCUUGUCUCGUCAAUGUUUUAGCCCUGUGACUAAGCAAUAGUUCUCUGCACAUAGAUUAAAUGUCACUUUACUUUUACCAGGCGUGUGACAAUAUUUGUAACAUUUAUUUUUUACAGAAAAAUUUUAAAAAGUAAAAAAAUUUGCAACUUUUUUAGACCUAGAUUUAUUUGAAAAUAAACUUACCAUGUCUUUCUUAAA